ACUGCUGCCUCCGCCACGCUCCGCUGAUGCUCACACAUCAACGUACACACGGUACGGGGCAAAAAGCAGUCCGGUACCCCCGUCGCUUGAAUAAAGUCGAUCUGAAGUCGUAGGUAGCAUUUUGAUAGCGGCUACUUUGCAGCCUGAAGAUGUUCAAGAACGGAAACCACCACGGGAACACAGCAGCCGGGAAAGACGCAGGGACAACCCCCGGCGCUGCAGCGCGCAGUCCCGAGAAGAAGAGGCGAAGAAUCCGGGUGUGGUGCGAUGGGUGUUAUGACAUGCUGCAUUAUGGCCAUUCCAACCAGCUACGCCAGGCCAAGGCCAUGGGAGAUUACCUCAUUGUAGGAGUACAUAGAGACAGUGAGAUUGCAAAGCACAAGGGUCCACCAGUCUUCACUCAGGGAGAAAGAUACAAGAUGGUGCAGGCCAUAAAAUGGGUAGAUGAGGUGGUGGAAGGAGCUCCUUAUGUGACCACCCUUGAGACCCUAGACAAGUACAACUGUGACUUUUGUGUACAUGGAGAUGAUAUAACACUAACUGUGGAUGGGAAAGAUACAUAUGAGGAGGUGAAGAAGUCAGGACGGUACAGGGAGUGUAAUAGAACCCAGGGAGUUUCAACCACAGACCUGGUUGGGAGGAUGCUGCUGAUGACCAAAGCACACCACAGCAACAUUAAUAGUUCAGACUAUCAGAAGCAUGCAGACAACUUUGGAAAGGGGGGUCAGCAAGGCCACAGUCCCUGGACAGGUGUGUCCCAGUUCUUACAGACUUCUCAGAAGAUCAUCCAGUUUGCUUCAGGCCAGGAACCUCAACCUGGAGACACUAUCUUCUAUGUGGCAGGAGCGUUCGACCUCUUCCAUAUUGGCCAUGUGGACUUCCUGGAAGCAGUGCAUAAGCUUGCACAAAAGUCAUACAUUAUAGUGGGGUUGCAUUUUGAUCAGGAGGUGAAUCGUUACAAAGGGAAAAACUACCCCAUCAUGAAUAUCCAUGAGAGAACGCUCAGUGUCCUUGCUUGCCGAUACGUGUCUGAAGUAGUGAUUGGUGCACCUUUUGCUGUAACAAAAGACUUGCUAGAACACUUCAAGGUGGAUCUUGUUUGCCAUGGCAGGACAGUAAAAUGCCUCGAUAAGGAUGGAUUUGACCCUUAUGCUGUGCCCAGAAGGAAAGGAAUCUUGCGUUCUGUUGACAGUGGGAACAGCCUCACUACUGAUGCCAUUGUGCAAAGGAUAAUCAAAAACAGGCUGCUAUUUGAAGCAAGGAACAAGAAGAAGGAGGCCAAAGAGAUUGCUGUGAUCCAGGCCAUGAAGCAACAAGAGGAAGAAAACACUAAAGAAACAACCAAGCCAUUAGUAGACACGAACUGUCAGCAUAACUGACUAUCAAUUCAAUCAGGUUCAAUUAACAUGAACAGUAAAAUCACCCCUUUGGAAGUGUUAUGACACCUACAAUCCUCCAGUCUUUAUAGCAGCUCGUUCUUUAAUCAGGGUGGAGUAGUCUUCUGUGUGAGUAGGUUUUUGUUUGCGUGUGUGUGUUUUGGGGUGGGGAUGUGAGGGUGAGUGUGUGUGUGGGUCAAAUAACUGAAUAUUGUGCAUAUGCAAUAUAUGUCCAUGUCAGUCGAAAACCAAACAGAUAAGAUAUAUAAUGAGUUGGAACAAGGAAGGGGCAUCUAUAUAUGUGUGUAUAUAUAUACACACACACACACACACAUAUACAGUAAAAUUUAUAUUUUAUCUCUUAUACUUACUUGGGUUUCUGAAGUGUUUAAGUUUACCAAGGAUUUUGAUUUUGUGCUUAUGCACUGUGGAGGGAUUUUUUUUUUUUACAACUACUAAUUCAGCUUCACUGUAUUUAUUAUAAACGGGGCGCAGGCUCACGGAAGAUGCUUAAAUCACUCAACAAUUUGAGUGUCAGAAGACGUUUCCCUGUUUCCCUUUUUCUGUUCUGGCUAGAAUUUAAGAGUGGUGUAGUGAAACUUCUUGGGAGACCUCAUGUACAUAUCAGAUCCUAUUCUGGACUGCACUACCUACUCCAGAAAUAUACAGAGCUCUUAUGUUGUAAAGGUAAAAUAGUUUUUUAACUCUAAAUGCACACUGUUAAGGCCCGUGUCUUUUGAGUACAGAAGUUUUAAAACUAACAACUUUUUUUUCAUGAACAAAGUAACCUCUGUCUGUAUAUCAAGUGAUUAAAUAAUGUUUUUCUAGAUGUAAGUUUUACUCAUCUCCUGUACAUUUACUACUGUACAGAGGUUUUUGUGGGCUUUGGUUCAGAAGUGAAAUUAAAGUUUUAAUGUUCACAACCCA